UCUUUCGAAGUGGGCCCAUUCCAUUUUGGGCCUUUUGGUGAAAUGGAACUGAGCCAAAGGGUGUAUAGGACAUACAUUAGACGUCAUUGGAAAAGGUUAAUCACAAAUCUCUACACCAACAUACAGUAAGAGGCAAGCAUGUAUCAUCGUGAUCAUGAGCUAAACACGCCUGUCAAGCAGACACAAAGAUUUAGCCUUGACUCCUUUGUUCGCUCUCACUCCGGGCAAACACAUUGGAUUCCUAAAACACAAAACGACACCUCCUUAUAAACACACAUUUUUCUCCCUCCAGAAAUUCACUUAGACUAAUCCUGGAGAUAUGGGAGGAAUUCAGAUUGUCUUUUAAGAGAGGUAGCCAGGAUAAGCUGGACCCUGCUGGAUAUUUUCUAUAAUGUACUUUUAGACAUGGUUUAGUAUUAAAAAAAGACACAGCUCCUGGUAUUUGACAGUGCAUAUCAUCUGCUAUGGCAAGUCAUCAGGGACACCGUUAUGUCGGUGACCAUCUAGCUUACUGGUUGUAUUGGGGCUUAACUGGUGUUACCAUGGUGAUCACAUGGUAGACUAGCAGAAGUAUUUGCUUGUUUUGCAGAAAGCAGCACAGUCAUACAUGAACUGUCACACAACUGUCACUGGUGGGUAACAAGUAACAAGGGGAAUUGUCACAUUGUCUUUUGAACAAAUCCUCAUUCUCAGGCUUUCACUGGCAUCUUCUACCCCACAGGCCAAAACCACCUUUAUGUAAGACUGAUGCCGUUGUCAGUGGCACUUCCUGCUAUCAUUUCUCUGUGUUUGUUUCUCCUCUUGUGGUUUCUGUUGGUUUACACACUGUUCCUCUUAGCUCUUUAGCUUCCUUUGGAGUGUUAUUUUUAUAAAAUAAAAAAAACAUGUUUUCCCCCUUUUUUUCUCCCAAUUUUGUGAAUACGAUCUUGUUUCAUCGCUGCAACUCCCUUACGGGCUCGGGAGAGGUGAAGAUCGAGUCAUGCGUCAUCCGAAACAUGACCCGCCAGACUGCGCUUCUUAACACCUGCUCGUUUAAUCCCGUAAACCAGCUGCACCAAUGUGUCGAAGGAAACACCGUUCAACUGACGACCGAAGUCAGCCUGCAGGGAGUGAUAGGGAUUUGACCCUGCCUCAGCCUACUGCCCCAGCCCUUGCGGUGACCUCUUUCUUUGAGUACCUGGUGGUGGUCAGCUUAGGGAAGAAGAGGGGGCAAGGGACGUAUGAACCCCAGAUCACAUAUCAGUUUCCCAAGCUUGCUAAUAUGGAGCUCUCACAGAGAGAGGAAGAAGAGAAGUCCCUGAAAGCCAUCCUCCUUUUCUGUUUCCCAGAGGGGGUCAACUGGGCCCCCCUCACUGAAUACCCCAGUGAGACCUUCUCCUUUGUUCUGACGGAGGUCGACGGCAGUAGGAGGAAUGGCUACUGCAGGAGGUUACUGCCCCAUGGCAAAGGGGCGCGGGCUCCGGAGGCCUACUGCAUCAUCAGCCGGGUGGCCUGCUUUGGACUCUUUUCUAAGAUCUUUGAUGAGGUGGAGAAGCGCCGACAGAUCUCUAUGGCGAUGAUCUAUCCAUUCAUGCAAAGCCUGAGGGAGGCGCCGUUCCCCGCUCCUGGAAACACUGUCAAGAUCAAGAGCUUCAUUCCAGAGUCUGGAACAGAGAUCAUCAGUUUGACGAGGCCGUUGGACUCAUGGUUGGAGCAUGUGGAUUUCCGGACACUGUUCCACUGUCUCACAAAUGAGGAGGUGCUGAAGGUGUUUGCGUCCACCGUGCUUGAACGACGAAUCAUCUUCAUGGCUGAAGAACUCAGUACCCUGUCCCAGGUGCUGCAUGCAGUUGCGGCGCUGCUCUACCCGUUCACAUGGCAACACACCUUCAUCUCCAUCGUUCCCUCAGUGCUGAUUGAUGUCGUCAUGGCACCCACUCCCUACCUACUUGGUGUCCAAAGGAGCAAACUGGAUGAUGUCACCGACCAGAGCGAUAUGCUCAUUGUGGAUCUGACAGAAGGAGCAGAGAGAACCUUCAUAACCUGUAUAGGAGACGAGAGCACCAUCCUACCAGAGAAACUACAGGAGGAGCUUCUCCAGGCCUUGUGUUGCAGAAGAGACAACUCCACCUCAGAGGAGUUAAACAAGGUGGUCUCGGAGGCCUUCCUCUCCUUUUUUGUGAAGACGGUGGGUCACUUCUCCUCCCAUGUCAAAGGCAGCAGCGGUAGGCAGCCCGGGGUGUUCCAGAAGAAGAGCUUCUGCAAGGCCUCCGAGCACAAGGCCAGCCAACAUUUUGUCAAGCGUUUUAUCCAGACACAGAUGUUUGACAUCUUCAUACAGGAAGUGGAGAGACGGCCCACACAGGAAGGAUUCUUCCACAAAAAAAUUGCGGAGUACCAAGAGAGUAAGAAGAAAGAGAAAGCAAUGAGAGGACAAUUACCAAAAACACAUCACCAGGCUGUGUAAGGACUAUUUGACCAAGGAGAGUGAUGGACUGCUGCAACAGAUGACUUGGCCUCCACAAUCACCUGACCUCAACCCAAUAGAAAUGGUUUGGGAAUGGUUGGACCUCAGAGUAAAGCAAGAGCAGCCAACAAGUGCUCAGCAUAUGUGGGAACUCCUUCAAGACUGUUCGAAAAGCAUUCCAGGUGAAGCUGGUUGAGAGAAUGCCAAGAGUGUGCAAAGCUGUCAUCAAGGCAAAGGGUGGCUACUUUGAAGAAUCUCAAAUAUAUAUUUUGAUUUGUUUAACUUUUUUUGUUACUACAUGAUUAUUUCAUAGUUUUGAUGUCUUCACUAUUCUACAAUGUAGAAAAUAGUAAAAAUAAAGAAAUCCUGGAAUGAGUAGAUAUGUCAACUUUUGACUGUUACUGUAUAUGGCACAGUUGUCCCUUGUUUUGGUUCUUAAAUACAAGUGAUAUACUUUUUUGAAAAUCAGAAUUGUCUUUAACCAAUGUUGGUCUUUAAUGCAGGGUAAACAGCCAAGUUCCUUACCUUUUCCCACUUCCACUUGCCUCUUCCAUUUUUGCAGUAAUGCUGGAUUUAGUUGGCUGUAUUUUUGGGUAGAGUGGACAUUUCCAUGUUUUUUUUUUUUGGUAACAAUGUGUAAAAAAUAAAGUAAGUCUCACACUCA